ACCCCAGACUCCUUGGUCUACAGCACAAGCCUGUCCUACAACCCCACCCCUGCCAGGAACCCAGUGAUCCUGAGACCCAGUCCAACUGUGAUCCCUAUUGAGUGUCACUAUUCCAGGAAGAACAAUGUGAGCAGCAAAGCCAUCAAGCUAACUUGGGUCUCCUUCAGGUCUACCCUGUCUGUGGAGGAGAAGCUGAGUUUUUCCCUGAGGAACGAGGACUGGAGCACUGAGAGACCAUCCAAUGGAUUCCAGCUGGGGGAAGUCAUGCCUAUCCAAGCUGAUGUCAGCACUGGGAACCAUGUGGCUUUGAGGCACUGUGUGGCCACCCUGAGCCCAGACAGGGACUCCUCUCCCUGCUAUGCUGUCAUUGACUUCAAUGGCUGCCUGGUGGAUGAGAGAUCAGGUGACAUCCCCUCAGCCUUCAUAUCACCCAGGUCCAGACACGACACACUGCAGUUCAUGGUGGAUGUGUUCAGGUUUGCAGGAGAUGCAAGAAAUUUGAUCUAUAUCACUUGCUAUCUGAAAGUCACUGCAGCUGAGCAAGCCCCAGAUUCCUGGAACAAGAUUUGUUCCUUCAACAAAGCAGGCAACAUCUGGCUUCCAGUGGAAGGCACCAGAGACAUCUGCAGCUGCUGUGAGACUGGGAACUGUGUGGGCUGGUUAGAGGAAGUCUG